AUGGAGUCUCCAAACUUGGACCUUGAAUCAGCCGACACUGUCACAAGCAGACAUUCCCCCGGUCUGGAGAUCUCAGGCUCAUCUGGUUCCUCCCGCCCACAUGUUCCCAACCUCGAUAUUUCCCGCCAUCCAACACAGCUCAGUAGAGAGUAUCCAGAACGUUUGCAGUACACCGAAACAGUCGGUUCUUCUCCCGGUUCACGCUCAGAAAGCAACGAUGAUAGACCACUUCCUUCAUUCGGAGGUGGCAAGCCAUAUCCUCCAGGCAUCCCGGCCGAACGCGAGGCCUACGUGGUAGAGUUCGACGGGCCUGAGGACCCGUUGCAUCCCUUGAAUUGGAGUGCAAAAAAGAAAUUUGUGACUGCCGCGAUCGGCGCGCUUGCUUGCUUCUGCUCCAGUUUCGCUUCUGCCGUCCUCUCUGCUGCAACGCAUCGGAUUGCAGAAUACUUCCACAUAUCCGUCGAAGGGGCAUCACUUUCAAGCUCUCUAUAUCUACUGGGUUAUGGAGUUGGCCCUGUCAUGUGGGCACCUUUGUCAGAAUUGCGCGGACGCAGGUUGCCUCUACUCCUUGGUCUCUUUGGCUUCUCGGUCUUUGCAGCAGCUACCGCUGUCUCAAAAGAUGUUCAAACCCUGAUGAUAUGUCGAUUCUUCAUGGGAUUAUUCGGCAGCAGCCCGAUUGUACUUGUGGCGGCCGUGUAUUCCGACAUGUAUAGAGCAGAACAGCGAGGCCUGGCAUUGACCAUAUUUGCGGUGUCCGUUUUCAUGGGCCCAAUGGUAGGACCGAUCGUCGGUUCUUUCACCGUGGUUAGCUAUCUCGACUGGAGAUGGGACGCAUAUUGGUCCAUGAUCAUGGGUUUGACGACUACCGUGCUCAUUGUCCUCUUCCUUGAGGAGACGUAUCCAGCGACUGUCCUCACUACAAAGGCCGAGCUUCUACGACGUCGCACCAAAAAUUGGGCAAUACAUGCAAAGUUGGAAGAAGUGGAAAUUGAUGUCAAAGAGUUGGUGGAAAAGAACCUAGCUCGCCCCGUCAAGAUGUUCUUCACAGAGCCUAUCCUAUUGCUGGUUGGCUUCUACCUCUCCUUCGUGUACGGUCUCAUGUAUGUCACCCUGUCGGCGUUUCCUCUGGUCUUCGAGGGGGUGCACGGGAUGCAACCUGGCGUCGCCAGUCUCCCUUUUCUAGGAAUGGCCCUGGGCAUGGUAGGCGCCGGAGCUGCAUCCAUCUCGCUGAAUCAGGGCUGGGUCAGAAGAUAUCACGCGAACAGCAACAGAGCAGUGCCUGAAUGGAGACUUCCCCUGGCCGCCGUUGGCGGAGUGGCGUUCUCGGUUGGUCUCUUCUGGUUUGGAUGGGCUGGCGCCUAUAAGAGUGUGCACUGGAUCGUUCCGACCAUCGCUGGUGUUGUCAUCGGCUUCGGACUUCUUUCGAUCUUCAUGCAACUUAUCAUGUACAUUGUGGAUGGCUACUUGAUGUUUGCAGCUAGUGCCAUUGCCGGGAACACGAUGGUAAGAUCGCUGUUUGCGGCUGCAUGCCCUCUUUUUGACCGACAGAUGUUUCUUGACAUGAAGAUACAAUAUGCAGCAACAUUGCUUGGCUGUGUGGCCGCACUCCUUGUGCCAGUGCCUGUAUUCUUUUAUGUGUACGGCCCUAAGCUUCGGCAGAAGAGCAAGUGGGCGCCAACAUUCCCUCAACCGCAUCCAAACAACACCGAGCACGAACGAAAGGAGUCCGCUGAGAACACUGAACGCACAUGUGUUGCAUUCAAGCCAAGACUCUUCAGUCAUCAAUAA